UGGUCCUCUGCCCUUCUAGAGCUGUUCGUGUACAGAGCUGGACGGCUUUGCUGGUGUGUUAUGAAGACUCCGCGCCCCAGGGACGUGGUAGAGAUCGCUCACCCCCAGUGAGCUGUCCCCUCGAGGAGGGGCCUGGCAGCUGUUCAGCAGUGCACGGCACUGCCACCCCCGUGGUGAGGCGAGGAAGAGCAAGCGGCACAGGCUGGAGAGCUGCCCUGGAUUCAUCCCUGAUGGAGCUAGAGCAAAAAAUCCCAUCUUGAUUGAAAAAUGGCCAGUGAUGGAGAAUCCACCAUGGCCCUGGGCGGAGGUGGCACCAUGCAGCAGGAGGGGGAGAAGAGCCGGGCCCGGCCCAGGAAGCCCGACAUGGCCCUCUACGUGCCCAAAGCACGACGGGAGAUGGCAGCCCAAGGAGUGGGCGCGGCCAGUGCUGCGUGGGCGAUGGGGAGCCGGAGGGAGGAGGAAAACCGCCGCGUGCUGCAGAAGGAGGGUGCCAAAGGCCGCUGCGAGAGGCAGAGCCCCAGCGCUGGAGCCUGCGAGCACGUGGCCAGAGAGGGGAGAAGGUCAGAGGGGAAAACAAGGAAGCGCAACAGCAAACGGGGCAGCGCUCCAGGGCAGCCCGAAGGAGCCUCUGCCCAGGGCUGGGAUCAGCGCGUCACACUCCACCAAAACCAUCUGGCCCCAGAGGAGCAGCCGUGUGGGCGGCUGGAAACAAACCUCCACAGUGAUCAGCCCAGCCCUCAGGAGUCCCGCCUGGGUCAGGCUCCUGCUCGGCCAGGGGGUAGUGAGGAGCAGGUGUCCAGCAAGCCAGGGCUCAGGGAGCUAAGCCCCAGGUGCUGGGAUUCAAGGACAGGUCCUGGAACUUGUUCCCAUCUGUCGGAGGAAACAUCUAGUCCCCUGCUUGUGCCACCAUGGGGAGGGGAAGAGCACGCACAGGAGCAGAGGCGUGGGGGCCCACUGGCCCGGCUAGGCACUUCCUCUCAACCUAGGAAUGAGAGCAGUGAUGAAACAUCAGAGCAGGCAGGGGGGAGCACAGGUAGCGCAUCCGAAUGUGCAGGCAAGAGCAUUCCAGCUUUGAGCAGGGAGAGCGCAGGAAGCGCGUGUGAGCUCAGAGGGGAGAGUGCCACAGAUCCGAGCAGGGAGAGCGCAGGAAGCGUGUGUGAGCUCAGAGGGGAGGGGGCCACAGAUCCAAGCGGGGAGAGCACAGGAACCGUGUGCGAGCUCAGAGGGGAGAGUGCCACAGAUCCGAGCGGGGAGAGCACAGGAACCGUGUGCGAGCUCAGAGGGGAGGGUGCCGCAGAUCCGAGCGGGGAGAGCACAGGAACCGUGUGUGAGCUCAGAGGGGAGGGUGCCGCAGAUCCGAGCGGGGAGAGCACAGGAACCGUGUGCGAGCUCAGAGGGGAGAGUGCCACAGAUCCGAGAGGGGAGAGAGCAGGAAGCGCGUGCAAGCUUCAAGAGGAGGGUGCUGCAGAUCAGCCAUGUGAGGGGGCAGCUCCAAGCAGGGAGAGCGCGGGAAGCGCGUGCCAGCUCAGAGGGGAGGGCGCCGCAGAUCCGAGCCGGGAGAGCGCAGGAGGCGCAUGCGAGCUCAGAGGGGAGGGUGCCGCAGAUCCGAGCGGGGAGAGCGCAGGAAGCACGUGCCAGCUCAGAGGGGAAGGCGCCGCAGAUCCGAGCGGGGAGAGCGCAGGAAGCACGUGCCAGCUCAGAGGGGAAGGCGCCGCAGAUCCGAAAGUAAAACCCCUCUCAGAACUGCAGCGCCUGGCAGGCCAGCCCCAGCCCCAGCCCUGA